CAGACAAACCCCCGGGGUGGCCAAACAACGGCAUCAGAAAAGCUCCGGCGAAAAUCCAAUAUUCUCCGGCGACUCAACAUUCUCCGAUCCCGACUUAGGGUUCCGAUAGAGGCGCUGAAUCCCUGUCUGUGAAAACUCAUCUUGUUUCCUGAUAUAAAAAUGGCUGGACGUGGUAUAGUUUCGGACGACGAUGAUGAUGUCGAAGUCGAAGAAGACGAGAGGGAACCUGUUGAGGGAGAUGCAGUAGACGGAGAUGGCCAGGAAGAAGAUGAAGACGAAGAUGAUGAGGAAGGCCAAGAUGAAUAUGAAAACGAUGGGUUUAUUGUUGAUGAUAUUGAUGAAGAAGAGGAGGAGGAGAAGGCAGAUAGUGAUGAUGAAAGGAAAAAGAAGAAGAAAAGAAAAAAGCGGGAAUCGGAGAGUUAUGUUCUUGAUGAAGAUGACUAUGAUCUUCUUGAAGACAACAAUAUCACAGGCUUUAAUCGUCCUAAACUAGGAAGUACGAAGUUCAAAAGGCUGAAAAAAGCACAGAGGGGAACUGAAGAACACUCUGGAUUUUCUGAUGAGGAAGAAUUUGAUGGAGGUAGAAAGGGUGGGCGCACUGCAGAAGAGAAGCUUAAAAGGAGCUUAUUUGGAGAUGAUGAGGGACAACCUCUUGAGGAUCUUGCUGAGGAACCUCUAGAAGAAGAAGAGGAUGGGGAUAUUGGUGAAGAUGAUGAAAUGGCUGAUUUUAUUGUUGAAGAAGAGGAAGUUGAUGAACAUGGAGCUCCAGUGAGGCGGAAGAAACUCAACCGAAAGAAGUCUAGGCAGGCGCCAGGAGUUUCAUCAUCAGCAUUGCAGGAGGCUCAUGAUAUAUUUGGUGAUGUUGAUGAACUCUUGAGGCUUCGUAAGAAAGGGAUAUCUAAGUCAGGAAAGUUUGAUGAAUUUGGUGAGCAGAGGGAAAGGAGGCUUGAAGACGAAUUUGAGCCAAUCAUUCUUUCUGAGAAGUAUAUGACUGGGAAAGAUGAUAUGAUUCGUGAAAUAGAUAUACCAGAAAGAAUGCAGAUUCUUGAAGAAAGUACAGGUCCUCCCCCAACAGAAGAUAUGAGGAAAGUAGAGGAAGAGAGUAAUUGGAUAUAUAAUCAGCUCGUAGCCAAUAUGCUAUCUUUGUUUACGAAUAGAAAUGCUGAAACACCUCUAGUGGAGCAAGAACUCUCCAUUAGCAAGAGUGACAUUUUGAAAUUUUUGGUGUUAAUGCAUGUGGAAAAGCUAGAUGUCCCAUUCAUUGCCAUGUAUAGGAAGGAAGAUUGCCCGAGCCUAUUGAAAGACCCAGAAGAACAGGCUUCUGGUACUGAAAAUUUAUCUGAUAGAAGUCCCUCCCUACGGUGGCACAAGGUGCUUUGGAUUAUCCAGGACUUCGAUAGAAAAUGGUUGCUUCUUCAAAAGAGAAAGAGUGCUCUGCAGUCAUAUUAUAAGAAGCGUUACGAGGAAGAGUCCCGUAGGGUAUAUGAUGAGACAAGACUGAAUUUGAAUAAGAAACUAUUUGAAUCAGUUAUUAAAUCUCUGAAGGCUGCUGAGUCAGAAAGAGAGGUCGAUGAUGUAGAUGCAAAAUUUAAUCUACACUUCCCACCAGGCGAGGCUGGGUUGGAUGAAGGACAAUUUAAGAGGCCCAAAAGGAAAUCACAAUAUAGUAUUUGUAAUAAGGCUGGUCUUUGGGAGGUGGCGAACAAGUUUGGGUAUAGCUCUGAGCAAUUUGGUUUGCUUAUAUCAUUGGAACAAAUGAGAAUGGAGGAAUUGGAGGAUGCCAAAGAAUCUCCAGAGGAGAUGGCUUCAAAUUUCACUUGUGUAAUGUUUGAAUCACCUCAGAAUGUGCUCAAAGGUGCAAGGCACAUGGCAGCUGUUGAGAUUAGUUGUGAACCAUGUGUUAGAAGGCAUGUCCGCAGCUAUUUUAUGGAUAAUGCUGUUGUUUCAACAUCUCCAACAUCUGAUGGUAAUGCUGCUAUAGAUCCCUUUCAUCAGUUUGCUGGUGUGAAAUGGCUGAAGGAUAAGCCAUUGGCCAUGUUUCAUGAUGCACAAUGGCUCCUUAUACAGAAGGCAGAAGAGGAGAAGCUUCUUCAGGUUACAAUUAAGUUACCUGAACCCAUGCUAAAUAAGUUGAUGGCUGAUGCUAACGAGUAUUACCUCAGUGAUAGUGUGAGCAAAUCUGCUCAGUUGUGGAAUGAACAGAGAAAGUUGAUCUUGCAUGAUGCCUUUUCUGGAUUCAUUCUGCCUUCAAUGGAAAAGGAAGCAAGGGCAUUGUUGACCAGUAGGGCAAAAAACUGGUUACUAAUGGACUAUGGGAGGCUAUUGUGGGGAAAAGUAUCCAUGGCACCGUUUCAGCGCAAAGAAGUUGAUGUUAGCUUGGAUGAAGAAACUGCUCCUAGGGUUAUGGCUUGUUGUUGGGGCCCUGGGAAGCCUGUCACGACUUUUGUGAUGCUUGAUUCUUCUGGAGAGAUUGUAGAUAAAUUGGAAGCUGGUUAUUUAAGUAGUCGUAAUCAACAUGUUAAUGACCAACAACGUAAGAAGAAUGAUCAACAAUCCCUUCUGAAGUUCAUGCAAGACCACCAACCUGAUGUUGUUGUUCUCGGAGCUGUGAAUCUGUCUUGCACUCGGCUGAAGGCAGAUAUUUAUGAUAUCAUAUUCAAGAUGGUUGAGGAAAACCCUAGGGAUGUCAGCCAUGAAUUUGAAAAUUUGAGAAUUGUAUUUGGUGAUGAAUCUCUCCCUCAUCUUUAUGAAAACUCUCGCAUUUCCUCAGACCAGCUCCCUGGACACACUGCCAUAGUGAGACGAGCUGUGGCUCUUGGGCGCUUCAGUCAGAAUCCGCCUGCUAUGGUUUCAACAUUAUGUGGGCCAGAAAGGGAGAUCCUUUCCUGGAAGCUGAGUCCCUUGGAAAGCUUUCUGACCCCUGAUGAGAAGUAUUGUAUGGUCGAACAAAUAAUGGUUGAUGUCACUAAUCAAGUGGGACUCGACAUUAAUUUGGCAACUGCCCAUGAAUGGUUAUUUGCACCUUUGCAGUUUAUAUCUGGCCUUGGUCCUCGAAAGGCAGCAUCUCUUCAGCGUUCCUUAGUAAGAGCCGGAUCAAUCUUUUCACGUAAGGAUUUAUUGACUGUUCAUGGCCUUGGGAAAAAGGUGUUUAUUAAUGCAGUGGGGUUCUUGCGUGUCCGGCGAAGUGGUAUAGCUGCCAGCAGCAGUCAGUUCAUCGAUUUGUUGGACGAUACUAGAAUACAUCCUGAAUCUUAUGUUCUAGCACAGCAAUUGGCCAAAGAUCUUUAUAUUAAGCAGUUUAAUGAUGAGCAUAAUGACGAUGACGAUGUACUUGAAAUGGCAAUAGAGCAUGUGAGGGAUAAACCUGGUAAAUUAAAAUCACUUGAUGUUACUGCAUAUGCACAAAGUGUUGAUGAGCAUGCAGACGCAGACGAUAAGGUGCUGCUGAUGGAUAAAAGAGAAACUCUGAACAAUAUAAGAUUAGAGUUAAUACAGGGUUUUCAGGAUUGGCGUCCACAGUAUGUUGAACCGAAUCAGGAUGAGGAAUUUAAUAUGAUAUCCGGUGAGACAGAAGAUACCCUUGCUGAAGGACGGGUUCUUCAGGUUACAGUUCGUAGGGUAAUGCCCCAAAGAGCAAUCUGUUCACUUGAAUCAGGAUUAACUGCCGUUCUUACAAAGGAGGAUUAUUCUGAUGAUUGGAGGGAUAAUUCUGAUUUGUCUGAGAAAGUGCAUGAGGGUGAUAUUCUAACUUGCAAGGUUAAAUCCAUUCAAAAGAACAGGUAUCAGGUUUACAUCACUUGUAAAGAAGGUGAUAUGAGGGGUGGUAACCGGUAUGAGAAUCAGAAUAAGGUCAUGGAUCCUUAUUACAUUGAAGAUUCAAGUGGUAUACAUAAUAAUGAGCAAGAGAAAGCUCGUAAAGGUAAGGAGGUAGCAAAGAAGCAUUUCAAGUCACGGAUGAUUGUUCAUCCCCGCUUCCAAAAUAUGACUGCUGACGAGGCUAUGGAGCUCUUAUCUGAGAAAGAACCAGGUGAAGCCAUUGUUCGUCCAAGUUCACGUGGGCCAUCAUAUUUGACAUUAACUCUCAAGGUCUAUGAUGGUGUCUAUGCUCACAAGGACAUAAUUGAAGGUGGAAAGGAACACAAGGAUAUAACAAGCUUACUACGCAUUGGUAAAACAUUGAAAAUAGGGGACGACACCUUCGAGGAUUUAGAUGAGGUAAUGGACCGGUAUGUCGACCCCUUGGUUGCCCAUUUAAAGACAAUGCUAAGUUAUCGAAAGUUCAAGAAGGGAAAUAAAUCAGAAGUUGACGAACAAUUAAAAAUUGAAAAAUCAGAGAAUCCAAUGCGGAUUGUUUAUUCAUUCGGCAUAUCCCAUGAACAUCCCGGAACUUUUAUUCUUUCUUACGUGAGGACUUCAAAUCCACACCAUGAGUAUAUUGGUCUCUACCCGAAAGGAUUCAAGUUCCGUAAACGGUUAUUUGAGGAUAUAGACCGUCUUGUAGCAUAUUUCCAGAAGCAUAUUGAUGAUCCUCCACCUGAUUCCACACCUUCAAUUCGAUCCGUUGCAGCAAUGGUGCCUAUGCGAAGCCCUGCAUCUGGGGGUGACGGUUGGGGUGGCGGUGGUUCAUCUAAUAACGAUCGUGAUAGGAGUUCCCGAGGAGGGAGAGGCGACAGAAAUGGUGGAAAUCGACGGGAUGGGCAUCCUAGCGGAGCGCCAAGAGGAAGAGGACGUGGACGAGGCAGAGGAAAUAAUGAUAGACAGAAUUCAUCAUCCGAUUAUGGUUCAAAGAAAUGGGGUAGCACCAGCAAGGAUGGCGGUGAUGAUGGUGGUGGUGGCGGCGGAGGCGGUUGGAGCAGUGGCGGUGGAGGAGGUUGGAGCAGUGGCGGAGGUGGUGACGGCGGUGGUGGUGGUUGGAGCAGUGGCGGUGGUGGCGGCGGUGGUGGUGACAGUGGAGGAGGCGGUUGGAGUAGUGGUGGAGGUUGGGGCAGUGGCGGUUCCAAAGCUCAGAAGUCUCCCGAGAAGGAAUCGGGUGGUUGGGGAGGUGGUGGUAGUAGUGGAGGAGGUAACACUGAAGGAGGCUGGGGGCAGUAGUGGUUUGGUGAUGUUCUAGGGUUUUUUUGUUUUGUUUUUUGUCGACUAUCAGUCUCCUUUAAUAUAUGUAGCAUUUCCUAUCUUUACAAUAUGUUUAUGAAUGAAAUAUGUCCUUUUAUGGCGAUCCUUUUGAAUGUUUGUUUUUUGUUUCGACAGAAAAACCGGCACGACUAGAAAUUUUAUAUGCAAUGCGUUCUAAAGAAUAAGGCGCUUUGUGGAAAAUUGUUUCGUUUUCAAAUAUGUUAUCUUCUCUAUU